AAUUGGGCGAGAUUUUGAAUAUCGUGUUCGAAAUCGAGACACGACAAGUUUGAGUUUCACAAAACUUAAAGUUUCGUCUGAGAAACAAAAUAUGCGAAUCGCAAAGCAAUCUUCCCGUCUCACACUCCUCCGCGAGCUGUUUCUGUUGCAGCAAGCACACGAGCAGGGCGGCAGACCAGUCGUACACGGUUACCAGGAAAACAAAAAACGACUUCGGGGAACCGCGAGAGAAGCGCGCGAGACGGAGGAAAACGCUUUCUCCGUUGUUGCGGAAGGCAAUAAAAAAGGCGGUGGCAAAAAAGAGAAGAACAAGGAGGGACGAGGUAGUAAAAGAGACAAAAAGAAGGAUCCAGAUGAAAAUCAAGAAGGCGGAGCAGGGGAUGCAAUUGCGGACGCGGUGGACACGCAAGAUGAGAACAAGAAGACGAGGAGGAAGAAGGCCAGCAAAGGCAAGCCAACAGAGGCGGCGACCACAGAUGCAGAAAUAGGGCCCGACGGCGGGGUAUCAACUGUAAAAAUGUCGGGGUCUGGAAGAGUAUUAAACUUGUCAUGCAGGUUUUCCAUGACGCGUGAGGUCUGCGUCUGGAAUGCGGGACCUAGCGUGACAGAGUCUGUGAGGUCUCUGCUAUGCCUAUUCUGCAUGAGAAACUCCCUCCGAACUUGGUCGAAAGUGAACAGCAUUUGGCCCUCAUGCAACACAGAUUUUCGCACUAUCCGGAUUUAGCAUGACAACUUGCAAUCUUCCAGACCCAGACAUUUUUGCAAUCCAUACGGGGCCGCAGCGGAAGUAGACAAUGGAGCCUCAGCAGAUGCCGAUCAAGAAGCGGAUAGCGAUGAAAGCAGCAAUAUCCUGAGUAAAAACGUACCCACACCAGAGUCAGGAUGGGGAUUUUGCAACACAAACCUAGGAGUUUUGUGAGUCACGCAUGACAAGUUGCACUCUGCAGUGUAGUGCAGGUUAGCAAGUGCAGCCGCGUCCCAGAUUCAUCUGCUCAUCCUGUUCACAGCAUCACAAAUUCCAAAACAGGAUUGGAAAUGGCUCUCAUGGGGAUGCGCAUUACAAGUCUUCCUGUCUUUGCAAAUCUGCAUUACAACUCUGGCGUGGGUACGUUUUUACUCAGGAUAUAGGCGGCCGGAGGUAGGGAGAACGAGAAGAAGCAGCGCCGCAAAGCCACUACCGAUAGUGGUGACGAGAACGCGAAUAUCAAAUGCAAAACAAGUGUCUAGGAGGUCUGGAAGAAUGCAUGUUUGUCACGCUUCUCUGGCAUGACUCUUAAAUCUGUCAUGCACGUUACCCAAGAGCCGCCUUUUUCUGUCAUGCAGAAACGCAGUUUGUCAUGCAGAAUAGGCAACACCUAGAAGCUCAAAAACUUGUCAUGCUGGGCCAGCACUUGUGGCCUUCUCAUGAUACGCCACCCAGCAUCAGAAAUUUCCAGACAUCCAGGGAUAUUUGCAUUUGAUAGCGAACGACGAUCAAACGGAACGAGAAGGAGCUGCACCAGCAGCGGACGAAAACUCCUUCGCAGCCAAGUGGCAGAACGUGCGGAAAAGAGCGAGUGAGGGUAUGACCUGCUCAAACGUUAGAAUCUCAAACGUUACAAUAGAAUCUGAGACUUGUCUUGCAUAUGUGUAUAAGCAUGACAGACUCGCAGACCGUUCCACUUUCUGCAGUACAAAUUUCGGCAUAUUGUAGUGCGGUUCGGGACUCCGGAACUUGUCGCGCGCAGUCCUAUGAGACUCGGCUAGAUCAUGCACUUCUUGCAUCACAGAUUUCGACAUCGGGGAUGAAGAAAUACUCGCGAUGUUUUCGCGGUUCUGACCCGAUGCCGCUCCAGCGCCUGCGGAGGCUUGCUUCCCCAGUGAUAAUGGACAAUGGCAAUGUCGGUGCGGUUGUUUUAGCAUCACAGAUUUCGACAUUCUAUUGCAGCGUUUGAGAUUGUAACGUUUGAGCAGGUCAUAGGGGGCUGGCAGUCCUUCAAGGACAGCGCGUUGUCCAGGCUCGGCAGCCUGUAUCCAUUGCAAAUAUAUCUGGGCUCACCCGCGAAAUUAACAAACGAGUAAGAGACGACCGGGCAGCAUGGGUGCGCGAAAAAAUACAAACCUUGAAGCAAGCUGACUGCAGCGGGAAUACGAAGCUGAUUUUUGAAACAGUGCGGCAGCUUGCGGGAAAAGGGCGAAAGCGGCCGCAGGAGCUGCCGGGACCAGCAAAAUUGUGGACCGACUUCUGGGGGGACAUCUUCGGCAAGGAAAGGCCGGAGCCUCCAGCAGAAACGAAGCAGACAAAAACCUGGGCACGGUGUGAAGCAGAAAUUCAGAAAAAUCGAGAAGGCCCAACAUGGUGCGAGGGCCUCGGCGAAAUCCCCACAGAGGGAGAGGUGGUCGCAGCGCUUCGGG